AAGGUCGCUUAGCCCACUUGAUUCUAGCAUCUACCAUGACGGCACACGAUGCAGGAAGUGACGUAGCGGCUGCUGUGUAGCAGGGGACUGCAUGUAGGCCUUGUCUGGGGUGAGAGGGUUAGGACCGGAGGAUGUAGGGAGACUCGGAAGAAAGAAGACGGACUUCAAAAAUCGGGAUAACGGCGGAUACUACUGAUCGCCUGAGGCCGGUGCCCAUCGCGGGCCAUGAAGACAGAAAAGGAGAGUGCAGGCUGGUCGUCUCCUUGACCAAUCAGCGCGCAGUAGAGGCGGGCUCAGCGGGGCUCGCUUUGUGCAGGUUCUGAGUGGUUUAUUGGGCUCCAGGAUGAUGCCUCAGCCAAUCACCAUGCCAUACUUUGCUCAAGGAACAAGUGGAGUGUCUCAAAUUUAAAGUGACCACACUCUGUAAUUUGAUACUUGGUAUACAUAUAUAUACAGCAUACUCUGCAGCCAUGGAUUUCCCAGACCACAGUCGUCGUAUACUGCACAGCCUUAGAGACCAGCAGUCCCAGGGUUUCCUUUGUGAUUGCCAAGUAACUGUGGGCACUGCCAGAUUCCUGGCUCACCGCUCCAUCCUGGCCUCAUGCAGCCCUUUCUUCAACAUGUCGUGUAGGGAGCGGCCGGACACACAAGAGUUCACACUGAACAACCAAAUUGUCACCGCUCCAGCCUUCUCUUUACUCCUCAAUUUUAUGUAUUGUGGUCGACUUGGUUUUCAGGAGGCGCCAACUGAAGAUGUGUUGGCAGCUGCAAGCUAUCUCCAUAUGGAUGAAGUUGUGAGGGUUUGCAAGAAAAGACUCCAAGGCCGAGCACCGGCUGAGGCUGACAGCACUCGCCGAGAGGAAGAAGGUGGUACUGGCUGCUUGGGGGCAGAUAAUGAUGGCGGAGAACGGGAGCAUGAGGAUUUAGAGGGAGGGCAGUCGGCUGCAAAAAGUAUGAAAUAUGAAGGGCAGGAAACAGCAGGCAAUGGCCAUAGAGCAGUUGGGAGUGCUGUGUACCAUUCGCAAGAAGCUGCAGGUAGCAGUAGUUAUCAGAGACAAGAUACGGCAGUCAGUGGACAGAAAUUGCUUGGAAGUAUAAAGUGUCAGGGACUUGAAUCAUCAGUGAGUGUGCAGAGAGUAACAGUAGGAUCUAGGUUUCAGAUGAAGGGCAUGGCAGAGAGUGGGCAGAGUCUAGCAGGCAGUUCUAGGUUUGAAUUGCAAGAAAAUGCAGGCAGUAGUGAAGCAGUCACGGGGAGUAUGAAGUGUCAGGGGCAACAAGCAACAGUGAGUAGUCAGGAGGUUGCUGGCAGCUCUAGUUUUGAGGUACAGGAGAGGGUAGAGAGUGACGAGAUUGCAGAGGUUGUAGUUUGUGCCAUGCAGGAAGCAGUAGAAAGUACACUAACACCAUCUGCUCAGAGGUUUUCCUCACAGAGUCAAGACAGUGAUCCAGUUGUGCAGGGCAAUCUUUCCAGAAAUUCCCAAAAGAGACAGGAACCAGCAGGUAGCACACAGGGUACUAAUGGAGGCUCCAGAUAUUCUAAUCAGGCUGAAGACACUCCUGUCAUCAGUAACCAAUCAUUACCUGCCUCUAGAUUCACUUUGCAACCACAAGAUGAAGCUGGUACAACUUUGGUGAUGUCAGGAACCUCCAGAUUAUCUCUGCAAACUCAGGAGCCCACUGGCAGCAUUUUGACAGGGCAAGGCACUCAAAGAUACUCCUUACAGAGUCUAGAAUUGCCAGGCAACACACUAGCACAGCCAGGCACAUCCAGAUAUUCCCUACAACAUCCCACAGGCAGCAUUCAAGGAGGCCCAUCUCGCUCCAGAUACAGUUUACAAAUGCAGGAGCCCACAGGUAGCAUGGCUGCACCACCGGGCCCUUCCAGGUUUUUUCUGCAAAACUCAGAGUCUACGAGUAAUGCACUGGGACAGCUAGGUACAAUGAGGUACUCUCUGAACAGACCUAUGUCUCCUGCUGCCAAGAUGGAAGAAAGAGAAUGCACCAAGUCAGAGUUGACUGUCACCACCACAACUCAGCCAGGCAUGGAAACUGCAGCUGCCCCUAGUCCAUGUAGCUCCACUGUUAGUGAGGGCCAGCUAGCCCCUGAGGUAGCAGUGAAAAUAGAGGCCAUUGUAAUAUCUGAUGAGGAGUGUGAGAAGGCAGUUGGUGCUUUUAAAAGGCAUGGCUAUGAAGAGGAAGAGGAAGAAUCUGGAUAUUUGCCUUACCACAUGAUUACUGUGCCAGGUGGGCACCACCCAAACUAUGGAGGCUUAUUACCUCCUUCCAUGCACCCAGAGGCAAUUUACUUACAGGAUUUUGAAGGACACCAUGGUUUUCCUCUGUUUCCUGAAGAUGUGCCCACUUGUAAGACAUGCGGAAAAACAUUCUCCUGUUCCUACACUCUUCGUCGGCACGCUACAGUGCACACGCGAGAACGUCCCUAUGAGUGCCGUUACUGUUUGCGCAGCUACACUCAAAGUGGAGACUUAUACAGACACAUCCGCAAGGCACACAGUCAACAGGAGCCGGGUGCCAAAAAACCAAAGGUGGACUUGGAGCCCACACCCCCAAACUUGCCUUAAGUUAUAGUGAUGUACUGUGGGAGAAGUACCGGUUAGAGCUGUGUCCUUUGUGGACAUGGACGAUUUCUAUUCUCCCUUUUAUCCCAUGGAUUUCUUCUUAAUGGUUUUAAUUUAUUCAACGGUAAUGGUCUUUUUUGUAAUAGAACAAUUGCUCAAAGUCUCCAACUCUUGCUGUAAUAACAGCAGCAAAAAAAACAAACAGCUUUCUGUCUGUUAAACAAUAAAAACCCUACUGCUAUCACUAAUCCAUUUUAAUGACUUUUUAAAAACAAAAAUGAACUGCGUGCAGAGGGGAUGACAUGUACACCAGGCAGUGCUCUGAUAGCCUUCUGAAAAAUCAGUAAUGUAUCGGUGAGGUACCACCAUCCUGUAUCAUUAAAAGAGUCUCUUCAUGAUCAA